ACUAAUUAGCCAGCACAAAGGAUGCUCAGCUCCCUCUGCCAAUCUCAAAGUGAAGUGGAGUGACCGGGGAGUACCGCAGACUUGAAGAAAACAGCUGGGUCUUAUUGAACAUAUUGGAGAAAAAUGAAGCCCAUCAUUCUCCUGUUCAUUACUGGGAUUCUAGCUAACAAUGCUUUUCCUCCCAAUUCUGGAAACCAGUACUAUAAUAACAAUUGUGACAACCGUCAGUAUCCCCUAGACAGGAACCAUCCAAACCAACCCAAUCUAGGAAGAAGCCAAAGCCCAAACGAGAUUGUGGUUGGCACCAAUACCAACUUUGCAUUCAAGUUCUUGAAGCUAGCUGCUUCCAGUGGAGACCAGAGGGACAAUUCAGGCAAGAAAAACCUGGUCUUCUCUCCCAUGUGUAUCUCAUCUGCAUUUGCCAUGCUGGCUUUGGGUGCGAGGUCAGAAACUUCAGAUCAGAUCCUCAGAGGACUGAACUUUAAACCAGCAGAGAUCACGGAAAGGAACAUACAUGUAGGUUUCCAUGAUCUCAUCUACUUGCUAAACAGUGGGAGCUCAGGCCUCCACAUGGAAACGGGGUGUUGCCUGUUUGUGCAAAACAAGCUGCACCCUCAACCAGAUUUCUUAUAUGGCCUCAGAAAUAUCUACAGAGGAGAUAUCUAUAUGGAAAAUUUUAAGAACACAGCAGAAACUAUACAACACAUCAAUAGCUACGUUGAAAGGAAAACCCAGGGGAAGAUUUCUAAGCUCAUUGAUCGAGUUGAUCCAAUUACUGAAAUACUAAUGGUUAGUUUCUUUUACAUGAAAGCCAACUGGAAGAAGCCUUUUAAUCCAAAGUACACUGAGCCACGUGACUUCUAUAUUGAUCCUAACACUGUUAUCAAAGUGCCAAUGAUGUUUCAGAUGGGCAUGUUUGAAAGUGGCCGAGAUGACCAGAGGGCUUGUACCAUUUUGAAAAUGCCCUACCAAGGACAUGCUGAUGCAUAUUUUAUCCUGCCUGACAAAGGAGAAAUGGACAGGGUGGUCAGCAGCUUGUCAAAUGAAGCCGUGCAAGCUUGGAAGAGAAUACUCCAUAAGAGCUCUGUAGAUGUGUAUAUCCCAAAAUGUGCCGUUUAUGGAGAGCUGAAUCUGAAAGACAUAAUGUAUUCCAUGGGUAUAGUAGACGCCUUCACUGAAAAAGCCGAUCUGUCUGGAAUCACAGGCCAGCCUCAGCACAGAGUUAAUGGCGCUAUUCAUAAGGCUGUAAUGGUGAUAGAUGAGAAAGGAACGGAAGCCUCAGCAGCCUCUGCGAUGGACCUGGUGCCCAUGUCCAUGCCUACUGUAUUUGAAGUGAACUCUCCUUUCUUGACUAUCCUUGUUGAAAGAAAAACUGAAAGUAUUGUCUUCAUGGGGAAGAUCUCAAACCCUGCUGAGAGCUAAAUAAGCAAAACUCAUGUGACUAUUAAGCUACGAGUUAUUUCCUAAUCGUUUUGGCCUGAUCCACACUGAAUUGACUUUUCGCCUUUCCCGCAUGGCCUCCGUGGCUAAACUGUAGAACUGGAUUGUGUGAAGAGAGGAAGAGGGGAGGAAAAAUAAGCUAUGGGUGAAGCUGGUGGAAGACUUCUCAUUCAGAAUACAUCCCAGCGUAAUGGCUGCUGGUCCAUUCUGCCUACUGUUUGUGCUUAUUGUCUUUGCUCAGCAGACCAAUGCGUAGCACAUGAUUUACCUCUUGUCAGGUACCAAAUGUUCCUGGUAUUGACUUGCAGUGGCACGGAGAUACAUCACAGUGGCUAAUUUGAGGAAGCAGGCACAUGGAGCAGCUGCCCUGGGGAGGAAAUUUCAAGGCAAAUGUCAUGUGUUAUAUUGUCUUGAGGAAUGCUCAUCAUACAUCCACGCUAAAUGUUUUUCCAGAGCACUAG